AUGGAUGCGGAUGGAAGGUCGGGGGGAUUAUUGUCGCUUUGGAAUCUUUGCGUGUUCAAGAAAGAAUUAGAGGUAAAAAACCAAAAUUUCAUUUUAUUAAAAGGAAAGGUUAUUGGGGAGGGAGUGGAUUUGAUUAUUGUAAACAUCUAUGGGUCAACGCUAAAGACAAAUAGGAGACGGAUGUGGGAGGAGCUGCUGGAAGCAAAAAACAUGAUAAAUGGCCAUUGGAUAAUGUUGGGGGACUUCAACGAGGUCAGAUUCCCCGAAGAGAGAUUUAACUCCCAAUUUGACGCGAGUGCAGCCAUGUGUUUCAAUAGUUUCAUAAGUAGAGGGGGUUUUCAAGAAUAUAAUAUGGGGGGCAUGAGAUUCACCUUCUUGGCGGGCGAUGGAUCAAAUCUAAGCAAAAUAGACCGGGUCUUGGUUUGCAACAAUUUUAUGGAUAAAUGGCCGAACGCGUCUUUACUAGCUCUUAAUAGAAAAAUCACUGAUCAUAGUCCAUUGAUUUUAUCCACGGUAAACAACAGUUUUGGGCCAUCUCCGUUUAGACUUUUUAAUAGUUGGUUUACCUUGGACGGGUUCGAUGAAGCGGUUAAGAGGGGUUUAAACAAGAUUUGUGAUUCUCGGUUCAAGGAUGAGGUAGUGGCAGUCAAACUCAAGGCAAUAAAAGACGAGUUGAAAAUAUGGCGAAAAAACAACAAAGACGAAGAGGAGAGAGACCUGACGGAAGCUCAGAACAAGAUAACACAAUUGGACGACCUAGCAGAAACUAGAUUAUUGUCUGAUUCGGAAAUUAUGAUAUGGCAAGAUUGUAAAGAAAAGGUUAAAAAGUGGCACGAUAAGGUGGCAGCGGAUUUGUGCCAAAAGGCGAAGUCAAGAUGGAUAGGACUAGGGGACGAGAAUACGAGCUACUUCCAUACUAUUAUGAAUAGUCACAUAGCCAGAAACAAAAUCAAUGGUCUGUGGAUAGACGGGGCAUGGGUUUCGGACCCGAAUGAAAUUAAAACACAAUUUUUGGCAGCCUUUCAAGCAAAAUUCAAGGAGCCGAUUAAUGUAAGGCCUAGAAUUGGAGCUGCGGGUUUCAAAAGAUUGAGCCAGGAACAAGCUGAAGGUUUAAUUACUCCUUUCUCUAUUUUGGAAGUAGGAAACGCGGUUUGGGAGUGCGGGAUUAAUAAGUCUCCGGGUCCGGACGGGAUCACUUUCAAGCUAAUUAAAGCAUACUAG